AUGAGGAUCAGUGGCUUCACCUUCAUAUGUGUGUGUGUGUGUGUGCGCGCGCUCCAGGUUAAGUAGCUUCAGAUAUAACUCCUCCGUGUACAGUUACCAAAGUGGGGACAUUGUGGAGCCGUGACCAGGAUCGACCCGCUUCUCUAAUCUGAGAGAGGACAGACUGAGUGUGUGUGUGUGUGUGUGUUGGGAAUCUGCGGCUGUGCGCUUGGCUCCGUGCGUCAAACCCAACAUCCAGCCGGAGGAUCCGUGCGAGCGCGACGGACAAGAAUGAGGUCUUCACCCGCUUAGAGAUCCGUCCCAGUUUAAGAUGGUUCAGCGGAGGUCCCCUGUGAUUAUUCCUCCUUCUGUGGUUAUGGUUGCGCCCAGCGAGCAUUCAGGAACGUCCUCCUCCUCCUCCUCCUGCCUAUGACAUGGUUUAACCCACAAAUGAUCCGGUCACCAUGAUGGCCUCCAUGGUUGCCAAUGGAAACCGAGACGGGCAGUCUCUGGUGUUGAAGGGGGUGGAUCCAGAGACCUGCAUGAUUGUUUUCAAGAACCACUGGGCUCAGGUGGUGAAGAUCCUCGAGAAGCACGAUCCCCUGCGCAACACUUCCACCCUGUCCUCCUUGAGUGUCAUCAACCUCAGCAGCGGCCCUCGCUUUGGCCCCGUCCCCGGGGACGAGGCGAACGCGGUGCAGAACUAUGUGGAGCACAUGCUGUUCCUGCUGAUGGAGGAGGAGAGCGGUCAGGCCGGCGCCAUGGGCCCCAUCCUGGAGUUUGUAGUGAUGGAGAACGUGAUGGAGCGCCUCUUUGUGUGGAGCCUGCGCCGGGAGUUCACCGACGACAUGAAGCUGGAGCAGCUGAAGAUGUACGAGAUGCUGGUGGGGCAGGCGCACCAGCCGCUGCUGCAUCACAAACCCAUCCUGCGGCCGCUCAUGAUGCUGCUGUCGUCCUGCUCGGGCACGGCGGCGCCCGCGGUCGAGGCCGAGCUGGUGCUGCUGCUCAACCAGCUGUGCUGCGUUCUGGCGAAGGACCCUUCGGUUCUGGAGAUGUUUUUCCACACCAGCGAGGACCAGGGCGCCACCAACUUCCUCAUUUUCUCCCUCCUCAUCCCCUUCAUCCACAGGGAGGGCACAGUGGGCCAGCAGGCCCGGGAUGCCCUGCUGCUCAUCAUGUCGCUGUCUGCUGAGAACGAGCGCGUGGCCAAUCACAUCGCAGAGAACACCUUCUUCUGUCCGGUGCUGGCCACAGGGCUGAGCGGCCUGUACUCCUCCCUCCCCACCAAGCUGGAGGUUCCCGGUGAAGAGUGGCACGGCCUCCACAGGGAGGACUGGCUCCACAUGCCGGCGCUCGUCCAGUUCCUCAACUCGCUGGAAUUCUGCAACGCCGUCAUUCAGGUGGCCCACCCGCUCAUCAGAGACCAGCUGGUCAGUUACAUCUACAACGGAUUCCUGGUGCCCGUCCUCGCUCCGGCUCUUCACAAGCUGACCCUGGAGGAGGUGAUGACCACCACGGCGUACCUCGACCUCUUCCUGAGGAGUGUCUCCGAGCCGGCGCUGCUGCAGACGUUCCUCUCCUUCAUCCUCCUCCACCGACACGAGAGCGUCCACAUCCUGGAUACCCUGGUCAGCCGCAUCAACACCCCCUUCCAGCUGGGCACCGUGUCACUGGCUCUCUUCCGCACUCUGAUUGGCUUAUACUGUGAAGAUGUGAUGCUGCAGCUCGUACUGAGGUACCUGAUCCCCUGUAAUCACAUGAUGUUGAGUCAGAGACGCGUGGUGAGGGAGAGGGACUGCUACUCCGUGUCUGCGGCCAAGUUCCUGGCACUGACGCCGACCUGCUGCUCCCCCGACCACAGCCCCCCACCCCUCCGACAGCUGGAAUCCAUCCUCUUUUCCAAGGGGGCAGAGGCCGCUUCAUACACCAACUCCCCAGAGAAAGGGAGCUUCUCAGAAGGGCACGACGAGAACUCCUGCACCAUCGGGUCGGAAAUCUACCUGGAUGUCAGUUACCUUCAUUACCUCGACGACGCCCAUCUCGGCAUCAGCAGCUGCAUACGGGCCUGCCAGGUGUGGUCGGCGCAGUAUGACGGCGAGGACCCCCCUCCUGAGAAGUACCAGCCUGGCGUCCUCGAGGAGCCCUGGCUCAAGAGUCGACAGACCCAGAUGGCACUCAAGAGAGUUCCACAGCCGCUGGCGCCGCGCCCUCGAGUCUGUCCGCCGCCGCCGAGUGCCGAGCCACCCUCCGUCAACCCGCAGGAGCUGGAGUGGGACGAUAGUUACGACGUGUGUCAGAUGCAGACGGCAGAAGCUCCAGUGGUGAGUAAACCUCCACAGCUGCCGGUCUCUGAAACCCCGAGGCACAUCCAGGAGAUGAGGAGAACAGCCAUCAUGUUGGUUAAUGGCUCCUACAUUGAGGAAAACGAGUUCCAGGAUGAUGUCAUGGUGUACGAUCUUGUCGCCAAGAAAGACGCCAGAGAUGUCGAGCGUGGGAAGCGCAAGUCCAAGGGGUCGGAAUCCGAGGACGUCCAACCGGGCUCAGCAGAGGUUUCCUUAAAAAAUGGAUUGAUUUUGACACUUCCAGCCGCUGUGAUGGCCGAUAACGGCAAGAACAGCUCGGACGCGAAGGCCAAAGUACAAACGGAUUGUAAUUCUAACGUCCAAAACACAACCGCUCUAGAGCUGGGCGACGACCUUUUGGCUCAGUACGAGGAGCUCAUUCGUACGUUGGACACGCAAGCGGGCGGGAAACCGGUCCAAGCUGAUGGAGAGUCGAAAAAGCCAGUCUCACCUGUGGAGGAAGAGGAGGAGAUGGAUUUCACCUCCUUCUCCGUCGAAACACCAGAACCUGAGAAACUACAAUUACCGUUUGGGACCAAGCUUCUUAGCGGAAGUACAAGUAGAAGCCAUUCAGUGCCUUUCACAGGUCCGUUUGUCAGCGUGCUGCUGUCUCGCCUGGAGAACAUGCUCUCCAACUCGCUGUACGUCAACCUGCUGCUGACGGGCAUCCUGGCUCAGCUGGCCGCCUACCCUCAGCCCCUGCUGCGCUCCUUCCUCCUCAACACCAACCUGGUUUUUCAGCCGACUGUUCGCUCCCUGUACCAGGUACUCGCCACAGUGAAGAACCAGAUAGAAGAGCUGGCUGCGACUAGAACCGACUUCCCAGAGCUGAUCACUGCUGCUCAGCACUGGAUGCUGGCCAGGGAGACUUUAAUGGCAGCAGCAGAUAAAAGCCGAAGCGGCGGCGGCUCCACCCACGGCGAGGCGGGGGGGAUCCUCAAGAACUCGCCGCCACCCAAGCCCAAAGCCAUCUCUCUGGACCGGACGGAAGUCUUCGCUACCGUCCUCUACACGGAGUUCCUCAAAGAACUGGCUGCGGUUGCACAAGAGCACUCCAUCUUAUCGUACAUUCCUAUGGAAGAGUAAAAUGUCCCAAAAGGCGUCUGUGACGAGUCAAAGGAGUCAAAAGACUGUUCUAUGGUGGUUUUCUAUAUUUUUUUUCCCGGUCACUACUUGAUGAAGAAACCUCGUAGAUACAAUGAUUUAUACAUACAAUAUACAAUAACUACUUCGAGAAGUUUAUUUAUUUUCCGAGCAAAGACAAUCACUUUCUUGUGCUUUUCAAAACAAAUUCAUAUUUUCUAGUUCUGUGAAGUGUGAGGUUCAACACUUUGAUCUGGAACAUCUCGACCUGCACCGUAAUAAUAAAGCUCAUGGAGGCGAGGUCCGGGUCGACCAACCAAAGACUGUAGAGAGAGGUUUUUAACAGCCCUUAUCUGAACUGCCCUCGUUCUGAAUGUCUUCUGCUCCGAUCCCAGUGGGAUGUCUGUGUGGCCUUUCUGGAGCAUCUCUGCCUCUUUGCCGUAGGAUUACGCAGCUCGGAAAUGUAUUUUCAUUUUCACUGUGGCAGCUGGAGACUGGCAGCGUCGCAGAAACACAUCCUGACUCUGUUCAUCACUUUUAAACCGUUUUCAGACAUGAAAUCCAGAAAAAUGUCCAGAAAAUUGCUUCCGGACGUUUCCCGGAGUUUUGCCGUGGUCUUUCCACCGUCGUCGUGCGGUAACUCUUUUGUUUUGGUGUCUUUCUGUUGAUUCACGACGACGACGGUUCCUCAGGAGUCUUUCGACGCUGCACGUUCUCCUCUCUCGGUUCUUCAAGCCUUUGGGUGAAGUAACUUUCCCACGAUGCACUAGUUUCUCACAGGUUCCACAGGUUCUCCAGACAACAGCACAAAAACCAGGAUUGUUCUUCUAUCAUCGAUUUGCCUUAAGUCAGCGAUGCUUUAUAAUGUACAUACUGUAACAGAACUCUAUGCAAAUCAAAGAUAUUUGGGGUAUAAAUGAAUUUAGGUUAUUUUCAGAAGGGGGCUGGGUAUUUAAGCUUUUUUUGAGAGUUUCUAUUUCCACGUUGUUUUGUCACCACCUUCAUUCUAGAGGCUUCUCUUGUGGUUUGUCUUCACUUUCUUCCGGGUGUUGUAGUUGUGGUGGGUCAGAUAAAUCUUUGUGUUGCACCUGUUGAAAAUCAUCUCAGACUGAGGCGUUACCGGGGGAACCUGUUGUUGUUAGUUGCCUUUAUCUGAGUUAACGUGGUUGUUAAAAUUUAUAUAUAUUAAGAGAGAGAUAUAUUUUGUUAUAAAGUUUGCCUCUAUUAAAAGAGUUUACCAGGACAGAAAUAGUUUUAAAUUUGUGCCUAAAUUGUGAUUUUUACUUCACAUUAUUGCCUGAUUUGAUUUACGAAGGAGUGAUGCAAUAUUUUAUAAUGUGAUGUUGUUUUACCGGAAGCUGUCCAUUGUUUUAGUGUAAAUAAAAUAUACUGUUUUUAUUUAUUUCGUUUUUUAACCGAGUUUCUGGAAGCAAAAGAAAGCAGUCGCCAUCCAACAAUUUAAUAUAAAGAUAUAAAACAUAAUCUGGACAUUUAAAAAAACAUUCACUGAAAUGAAGCUGCAACAUGCAACUUCACCACUAGAUGUCACUAAAUUCUACACACCGAACCUUUAAGAGGAUUUGUCGCAAUACCAAGUAAAACGUAGUGAUUUAGAUAUGUAAAAUAUGAUCAUUCAGAAUCGGACUCUGAGAUAAUGGACAGCUUCGGGUAAAUCAAACAACACCUUUUGUAGAAACGAUUUAUAGAAAAAGAAAUAGCAGUAACAUUGUGAUUUAAUCAAUGAUGUCACCUCAUAAAUUCAAUAAUUAUAAUGAAUUCAAUAAAAUGUGUAUUUUUGUUUAUUUAAAUCCAUCCUGUUCUAAGUGUUGCUAUGCAGGUGGAUGAAUUAUGCAGUAGGAUAGUUUGUUUUGGAGAUGUAUAUUUGUUUAAGCUGAACAGGUUUUUUCUGUCUCUGGUAGAAGAAUGUCGCAGAGCACUUUAUCAACCUUUUCAUACUGACGCAGCCUUUCAACCAGCACAGGUUCAGUCCAACAAUGACAAUCACUGUUUCAACCCAGGUUACAGAGUCGCUUCUGUCUCGGUAGAAUCCAAAGCUUCGCCCUCUGCGAUCCGGCCUCAGUUUUUCCCGAUCAGGUUGAUGUUUGUUGCUUGAACGUCUGAGAUGCAAAGUCAUGCCUCUUUCAAUAAAGACAACUUCUGCUAAACGAAA